CAACCUCCAAUCGCUGAACAGGUCUUCUUGCUCUGGUAGCCACAUCAAGCCUUCUCGUCGAGUAUUUUGCUUCCGUUCACAACCCCAGACAGUCGUCGACAUCAAUGAUGUUGUAGGUGCGCCUGUCUUGCGCAGGCUAAGGCAUUGGCUGUCCGGACCCUCGACACCAUGGCGAUGGAACGCACUCGCAUCGCAAAGGUCGACAACGUAACCCUUUCCCGACGCGGCGAACAAGUCAGCGGGACUUUACAUCUCACACCUCACCACCUUAUCUUCGUCCACACCCCUCCUGCUCCUCCUACCCCAACAACGACGACUACAACAUCUGCAGAUGAGGCCAGCAACAACACCAAGCCAGCCCGACCCAGAGAGUUGUGGAUAACAUACCCGAUCAUUCAACAAUGCACCUUCCGGCCCUCACCCCUCGCAUCCCGACAGCCCAGCAGCAUCCGCCUACGCUGUCGCGACUUCACAUUCGUAUGUUUCCUGUUCCAUGAUGAAGGCUGCAAAGAAAAGGCGCGGGACUUAUAUGACAGCAUCAGAGCGUGGACCUGCAAAAUAAGUGGGAUCGAGAAGUUGUAUGCGUUCAGCUAUGUUCCGACAGGGCCUGAGCGGGAUGUGCAACCCAGUGGGUGGGCGCUGUACGAUCCUAUGCGGGAGUGGCGCAGAAUGGGGGUCGAUGAUCCUGGCAAGGAGAGAAAAUGGAGAAUCUCGAAGAUCAACACAGAUUACUCGUUCAGCCCGACGUAUCCUGCUCUGCUACCUGUUCCAGCCCCGAUAUCCGACGCGACGUUGAACUACGCGAAAAGCUACCGCUCGCGAGCGAGGAUACCGGUGCUCACUUACUUACAUCCAGUGAAUGAUUGUUCGAUCACACGUUGCUCGCAGCCCCUCGUGGGUGUGAGAGGCAAUAGGAGCAUCCAGGACGAGAAGUUGCUGGCGGCGAUAUUCAACACAACAAGAGCCGAACGGCCAUUGAGUGCGUACAAUUCACCUCCCCCGGAAAGAGAGGACUCGGGCGCGUCGAGUAUGUCUACGAUGACAACGUCGAACGCGGACGGAGACCUGCAAGCGACUGAUGCCGAAGCCAUCGAGGAUGCUGUGAUUUCGAGCCUCCGACGAGACGAAGAUAUGGCACCAGAUGCGGAUGAGAAAAAACCGAUGAUCUAUGGUGCUCAGCAACGGAACAUGAUCGUCGACGCUCGGCCCAGUAUCAACGCGCUGGCGAACCAUGCUACUGGUAUGGGAUCAGAGGACAUGAGUAACUACAAGUUCGCGACAAAGGUGUACUUGGGUAUUGACAACAUUCACGUUAUGCGCGAUAGCUUGGCCAAGGUUGUCGAUGCGCUCAAAGAUUCAGAUUUGACACCCCUGGGCCCCAAUAGGGAGCUGUUGCAGAAAAGCGACUGGCUAAAACAUAUCGCCAACGUGUUGGACGGGACCGGUCUGAUUGCGCGCCAGGUCGCGCUUCAGCAUAGUCAUGUCCUUAUCCAUUGCAGCGACGGAUGGGAUAGGACGAGUCAGCUUUCGUCUCUGAGUCAACUGUGUCUGGACCCGUACUAUAGGACCAUGGAGGGAUUUAUCGUCCUUGUCGAGAAAGACUGGUUGAGUUUUGGUCAUAUGUUCAAGCACCGCUCUGGAUUCCUCAGUUCCGAAAAAUGGUUCCACAUCGAGAACGAGCGGGUCAGUCGCAGCACUGACGAUACGGAAGGGAAAGAUCAGGCCGGAGCCAUGUCUGGCGCGCAGAAGGCGUUUGAGAAUGCUUUCUUGAGCGCGAAGGGGUUCUUCUCGAACGCGAAGCACAAUGAUUCGAGAGAGAGCAUCAACGUCGAGUCAGACGCGGAUGCCGCUGGCAAUUAUGAUUCGGAGUCUCAGGCUGGCCGGCGGAUCGUGUCUCGAAGUGCCAAGGAGAAAGAGAAACUCGCUACGAAAGUCAAGGAGACGAGUCCUAUUUUUCACCAGUUCCUCGAUGCGACAUACCAGCUGAUGUACCAGCAUCCAACGCGGUUUGAGUUCACGGAACGGUUCCUACGGCGACUGUUGUAUCAUCUUUACUCGUGUCAGUAUGGGACAUUCCUUGGAGACAGCGAGAGAGAAAGAAAAGAGGCGAGGCUGAGUGAGCGAACCAAGAGUGUCUGGGACUAUUUCCUGGCGAGAAGGAAAGAAUUUCUCAACCCGAAAUACGACCCUGUUGUGGAUGAUAAUGUGCGUGGGAAGGAGAGGUUGAUAUUUCCAAGAUCCGGGGAGGUGCGGUGGUGGAAUGAGGUUUUUGGCCGGACGGACGACGAGAUGAAUGGGAAGCCAGCCAUAAAGACUCAGCUUAAUGGCCUGAGUGAUGGCGAUGCGAGUGAGAUGUGGACAUCUGUUGGCGGAUCGCAGAGUCAAUCGGGAUCAGCGUCCGUGCCGGUGAGCAGGGCUAGGACCCCUGUGCUCGUUGGCGUUGAGACUCACGAGGCCACUGUGGGAUUGACGGCGAGUCCGAAGGCGCAGGAGCCGGUGAGCAGGGCGAGAACGCCGGUAUCUGGAACAGCUUCACCGCGGACGAAGGAGGGAGUUGCCGCCGGGUCAAGGACGUCGGUGCCAGUCCCAGUAUCAGUGUUAGAGGUCGAGGAGGAGUCGAGGCAAGUGCACACUCCGGAUGAAGAGCCUGUGCAGCCUGUGGAGCCUGCUGGACCGGAUGAGUCCGUCGGCGACGAAUCGGUGGAGACGAAAGAUGACGCUGUUGGCGACGAGGAUCUGGCCGGAGAUUUGGACCCCUUGGGCAUUGGAGAUGUCAAGGACAUGGCGCCACAGUCGAGGCAGAGACGGAGAGAGCAGUUGGAGAUGCUCAUGAAGUGAUGAUGAAUUGGCAUAGCUAGCCCCUAUGGCAUGGCAUAGCAUACUACUGUACUGUACCUUUAGCAUAGCCCUGGCACCCACGGAUUGUAUUGAGAAACGAUAUUGAUGAGACCAUGUCACC